ACUAAAAACGCUUGUUAUGAUUUAUUUAAUCUAUAUGGGCGUAUUUUAAAUGCAAGUAUGCAUUUGUUUGGCUGGCUGCUGCUAGUGUUCGGUAACUUACUUAACGAACUGUAAGUCAAGUCUCAAAUUAGCUGCAUGCUAGGCUAGCAACAUCUGAUGAGCUGAGGAGAGACUGCUCAGGGGGUUUAUCAUGAAGACCAACAAGUCAUACAAGCUUGUGCUGCACAAGAAAGGUUUUGGUGGAAGUGAUGAUGAGUUAGUUGUCAACCCAAAAGUUUUCCCUCAAGUCAGUCUUGGGGAUAUAAUCGAGAUUGCACACCCUACAGAUGAAUACAGUCCUCUGCUGCUGCAGGUGAAGAGUCUGAAAGAGGACCUACAGAAAGAGACAAUCAGUGUGGAUCAGACUGUCGCACAAGCCUUCAAACUUCGUGCAUACCAGGAUGUCAUUGUUAACAUUGUCGACCCUAAGGAUGUGACAUUGGACCUGGUGGAGCUGACCUUCAAGGACCAGUACAUUGGCAGAGGAGACAUGUGGAGACUGAAGAAGAGUCUGGUGAGCACCUGUGCUUAUGUGACGCAGAAAGUGGAGUUUGCUGGAAUCAGAGCUCAGGCCAGUGAACUGUGGGUGAAGGGAGAGAAAGUGACCUGUGGUUACAUCAGUGAAGACACAAGGGUGGUAUUCAGAUCCACGUCUGCGAUGGUCUACAUCUUUAUCCAGAUGAGCUGUGAGAUGUGGGACUUUGACAUCUAUGGUGAUCUCUACUUUGAGAAGGCUGUAAAUGGUUUCCUGUCUGACCUUUUUGCAAAGUGGAAGGAGAAGAACUGCAGUCAUGAGGUGACAGUUGUACUUUUCUCACGGACGUUCUACAGUGCUAAGACUAUAGAUGAAUUUCCCGAGAUCCUGAGAGGCUCCAUCAGACAGGAUCACGAGGGGCGUUUUUAUGAAGACUUCUACAGGGUCGUGGCUCAGAAUGAGAGGCGGGAUGAGUGGACGUCAUUACUGGUCACCAUCAAGAAACUGUUCAUCCAGUAUCCUGUCCUGGUGCGACUGAAGGAAGCAGAUGGAUUUCCUGUGGGUUAUAAUUCAACUGCUGCUCAAGGAAACUACCUUGAGGCCAUUAACCUUUCCUUCAACGUGUUUGACAAACACUACAUCAACCGUAACUUCGACCGCACCGGACAGAUGUCAGUGGUCAUCACACCUGGGGUGGGAGUGUUUGAGGUGGACCGUCUGCUCAUGAUUCUCACCAAACAGAGAAUGAUUGACAAUGGUAUCGGGGUAGACCUGGUGUGUAUGGGGGAGCAGCCAUUGCAUGCAGUACCACUGUUCAAGCUGCACAACAGGACGACGUCUGGAGACUCUCGUGUGGGAGACGACUACAACCUGCCUCACUGGAUCAACCACAGUUUCUACACCUCAAAAAGUCUGAACUCUUGUAGUUCCUUCACCCCUCGAAUCAAAUUGGCUGGUCGUAAGAUUCAUGCUGAAAAGUUCAAGAGCAGCAAAGACACGCACACCUUGUGUGCUCCAAAGGACUCUGACAACAGCUUGCCUAUCCAGGUGGACUAUGACGCCUAUGACGCUCAGGUGUUCAGACUUCCUGGUCCUUCUCGAAUUCAGAGGAGCACCAACUUCAGGAUGGGUCGGGACAAAGAGAUGAGUGGGAGGAAGAGCUGGGGCUCGGUGGACGUCAGCGCAGGCAUAGGGGCCUCCCCUCCUGUACGCUCUGGGGGUCCUGAGGAACAGCGGAGCCUGGCCUCUGAUGAUAGUCUGGGUCCGGUGUCAAACAUGCUACUGAUACCCCGCAUGCCUCCUGCCCAGUAUGAAGUCAGCAGCUCUCUGGGAUACACAAGCACCAGAGAGUUGUUGGAGAAGAUGAUGGACUCUCAGCGGGACUCCAGUGCCCCGGGCAGGUUCACAGUAGGAAGUGCUGAGUCGACGCUGCACAUCCGUCCAGGAGGUUACACCCCACAGAGAGCGCUAAUAAACCCCUUCACACCCUCCAGGAUGCCCAUGAAGCUCACCUCCAACCGCCGGCGCUGGAUGCACACCUUCCCCAUUGGUCCUUCUGGAGAGGCGAUACAGAUCCAUCACCAGACCAGACAGAACAUGGCUGAACUUCAGGGCAGCCAGCAGAGAGACCCGGCCCACACUUCCGCUGAACUGCUGGAGCUGGCCUAUCACGAGGCCACUGGAAGGCGAACAACCUCCAGGCAAGCAGGAGACAAUGGCCUGUACAUUGGUGGAGGGAUGGAUGAGUUCACAGGAAGUCCAGGGAGCAACAACAGUGGAACUCUGACUAACCAUGGCUCCUCAUUUGAAGACUUUUCCCUCAUCGGUGCCAAUCCAACCCUGCUGCUGUCUGCACCCCCGACAGUGCCCAGCUUCUGCUGCACGGUGGGGGUGGACUGGAAGUCUCUGACCACACCGGCCUGCCUGCCCCUCACCACCGACUACUUCCCCGAUCGCCAGACGCUGCAGAACGACUACACCGAAGGCUGCUACGACCUGCUGCCACACAGUGACCUGGAGAGACGAGAGGAUGAAGCUCCAGUGAUGAGCGCGUCUCAGGUUUUUGAGGAGUUUAUCUGUCAGAGGUUGAUGCAGGGCUACCAGAUCAUCGUCCAGCCAAAUAACAGGAAACCACAGCCUGCUGUGGCCACACCGCUCGGCAGCAGCCCUCUUUACUCCAGAGGUCUGGUCUCUCUGCGUCGGGCAGAGGAGGAGGAGAGUGUUUACUGGCUCAGUAUGGGCCGGACCUUCCACAAAGUUUGUCUCAAGGACAAAAUAAUCACUGUCACUCGCUACCUGCCAAAGUACCCGUACGAGUCAGCUCAGAUCCAGUACAGUUACAGUCUGUGUCCUCCACACUCUGAUGCUCAGUUUGUGUCGUGCUGGGUGGAGUUUGGACAUGAGAGACUGGAGGAGUACAAGUGGAACUACCUGGACCAGUACAUCUGCUCCGCUGGCUCUGAGGACUUCAGUUUGAUUGACUCUCUGAAGUUCUGGAGGACUCGCUUCCUCCUGCUGCCAGCUGGAGGGGCUCGGCGGGUGGCAGAUGGGGAGGGCCACUGGGAUGUUUAUGGGGAGGGAGCAGGUGCUGGGGUGGGCGGCAGCGGGGAGUGGGUACUGCUGGACGGCUUCAUCCGCUUCCUGGAGGGUCUCAACCGCAUCCGGCGACGCCACCGCUCCGACAGGAUCAUCAGACAGAAGGGCACGCCGAUGAAGGGACUGCAGGUUACCAGUCCCCUCCCAGCGUAUCCCUCCGAGCCUGUGCCGCCCCCACAAGGCAAGAAAGGCACAUCUGCGUUAUCAGCUCUGCUGGAGAUGGAGCAGAAUCAGAAGACACUGGAGGAGCAGCAGCAGCAGCAGCAGCAGACGAAGCCCUCAGCUGCCGUCAGUGACCCCUCUAAUGUUGCCAUAGCUCCCACAUAUGUGGACAGCCCCCGCAAGGACGCUGCCUUUAUUUUGGAUUUUAUACGUAGCCCACGUUCCUCCUACAUCUAUCACUCUCAGUUGCCUGCUGAAGCUAACGAGGCUGCAGAUAAGGGAGUCCAGUCUGGACUGACAGGGGGAGCAGCAGCACAGCCUGCAGGAGAGACUGCAGCAAGCAGCAGCACAGACACCAGCGGCCAGUCUGCAGCGGGAGCCCUCUCUCUGAACUCCUCUUCAACACCCUAUGAGUUGCUGGAAGCCAUCAAACAUCCCACGACAGGUGUACAGCUGCUGCCAGAGCAGAAGGGUCUGCCAUGCAACUGCUUCAUCAGCGCUGAGGUCGUUCAUUGGCUGGUCAACAAUGUGGAAGGAGUGGCCACACAGGGGAUGGCUGUGGACAUUAUGCAGAAAAUGCUGGAUGAAGGUUUAGUGGCUCAUGCUUCUGGAGACGCGAUGCGCACCUUUGUCUACGGUUUCUACUUCUACAGGAUAGUAGGAGAGAAGGACGGCACGACCUCCCAGCUCCCCCCCACAGCACCUGGAGGUUGGUCCGCUGCCGCCCUGGAGGACUUCGCCCUGUUCCAGAGGAAGUGGUUCGAGGUGGCUUUCGUGUUAGAGGAGCGGCGACCCUGUGACCUCCCGGCCUUCCUCCUGCCCUGGCUGCCCAGCCGGCCGGCCUCCUACGCAAGUAGGCACAGCUCCUUCAGCCGCAGCUUUGGAGGACGCAGCCAGGCCGCUGCACUGCUAGCUGCUACAGUCCCGGAGCAGAAGACAGUCACUCUGGAUGUGGAUGUGAACAACCGCAGCGACCGAACUGAAUGGUGCAGCUGUUAUUACCAUGGAAACUUCUCCCUCAACGCUGCCUUUGAGAUCAAGCUGCACUGGAUGGCCGUCACUGCUGCAGUGCUCUUUGAGAUGGUUCAAGGCUGGCACAGGAAAGCAGCCUCCUGUGGCUUCCUGUUGGUUCCCGUGCUGGAGGUUCCUUUCGCUCUGACGUCGUACCUGUAUGGAGACCCGCUGAGAGCCCAGCUCUUCAUCCCUCUGAACAUCCAGUGUCUGCUGAAGAGUGGCAAGGACAACCUGUUUGAAGGGUUUGAACCAGAGACAUACUGGGACAGGAUGCAGCUGUUUCAGGAGGCCAUACUGUACAGAUUUGGCUUCGUGCAUGACAAGUUUUCUGCUUCUGCUUUUAAUUUCCCGUCUGAGAACAAGCCCCAGUAUAUUCACGUAACAGGGACCGUGUUCCUGCAGCUGCCGUACUCCAAGAGAAAGUACUCCAGUGGGCAGCAACGCCGGCGCAGAAACUCCACCACCUCCAACAGCCACGGGCCGUUCGGCGGCGAGGAGCGGGUCGGUUACUACUGGGCCUACAACACCAUGCUGACAAAAGCCUGGAGGACGGGCAUGCUGGGUGACGAGAGGCUGGCCGAUCGCCUGCUCAGAGACUUCACCGACUUCUGCACCAACAAGGACAACAGACUGCUGAACUUGUGGGACAGCUGCCAGGAGAAGAUGAACGCUAGCGCUCCCUGACACGAGGAGAGAACACUGGAGGAAAACAUAACGCAGAGGAGGAGAAACCAGGAUUCAUGUGCUUCUUAAAUAUUGAAUGUAUCACACAACAAGAAGGAAUCAAACACUUUACUGAUAAUUAUUUAGAUAGAAGAGAAUAUUAUUAUUAAAGUAAUAAUAAUACUUACUUAAAUAAGUAAUUGUUGCUGCUGUUCAACUGACAAAAGACAGGAAAUCAGAUGAGUUAGAAAUAUAACAGAUCUCAUCAGCAAAUAAUUUUGUUACUUGAAAUGGAGUGUAAUGAAAGUUAUUUAUAAAGCUUUCACCCACCUGUUCCCCAUGCAACAUUUCCUUUUCCUGACCACAUUUCCUAUGUAUGUAAGCCAUGACGUAAACUAGCUAACCUGAAAACAUCGGUCGCUAAACACACUGAGCACCAGCCUUUCUUCAGAAAACUAAACCAGAGCAGUUUAAUUACCCAUAUACUGCUGAAGCAGCACUGCAUAAACCCUUGUUACAGAAGCUGUUUGUAAGUUUUCAAGAAUGACUGAAGCUCUUAGCAAGUAGUAAGUAAAUAGAUUUUAAUGCUAACGUUAGCUAUGUAGCAAUAUCAAAAUUUACAAAUAGCUCCUUUCAGUAUUUUAACGAACAAGCUAACGCUAGCAAUGGUAACAAGCUAACGAUACUUUUAGUUUUGAGUUCCGUUUCUUUGACAAUAUGAGAAAAGACACAAUAAAUCACAUAAACAAAAUGUGAAGGAUGACACAAUAAAGUCAGAGACUUGUUUCUAUUGAGGUUUUUGAUGAAGAGACGGACACUUGGAAGUUGAAGAUGAUGUGAUUGAAGCAUCUGAAAUCGCUCCUUUCUACACUCAUUCACAUGAUUUGGCAUCACAGAUGUGUGACGGUAAUUUUCACAUGUAUAAAAUGCAGCAUGUAUUUGUAUUAUGGAAUUAUUUGCAGCAUUCAUGUCACAUACACUACUUUUUUCGUUCCAUUGUUGAGGUGACUAUAUAGUGGAUACAUUCACACACUCACAAUCUGCCACUGAAAUAAAAUGGACAGAAACUGCAGUGCAAACAUGGAGUGAUGUCAGAGAACAGCCAGAGAGAUAAAAGGUUUUUUUUAAGAGACUGGCAGUUAUGAAGCUUUACAUUCCUUUUAACACUCCAUCUUUGACUGACAUUAUUAUUUAUUGUUCAACUAUAUUUUUGACCUCUGAUGAUAACCGUUCACUACGUUGUCUGUAGUUCAGGAGGCCACACUGACAGACUUGGCCUGAUCUUUGCAGGGGUUUACAGUAUUAAAUACUUGAACCUCUGAUUUGGAUGAUAGAUGAUAAAACAUUUGACAUAUCAAAUGUAUGCCUUGAAAGCAGAGAUUCUGCCCCUGUGUUCUGUUAAUUCUUUGUUUAUCUGCACAAUAUAAGUGAUAAGACCUAUAGUAUUCAGUCGAAUUUUCUUGUCUACACAAGACAAACCAGUCAAACCAGGAAGGAACGCUCUGCUGCCUGUGAAGCACCAGACAGAUUUUGACUUCCUCAUUUUAUUAUAUGACAACCACCAGUCACGUCAGUCAUUUUCAGUAAGUAGAGGCACAGACAGUUUCAUGACCGAUCUGUAGCUGAAUCCUUAGAUUGGAUCAGGCAGGUGAUGAUCUCCAGUUUGUUUUCCAAGUGUCAUUCAUUAUUUGUAUUGCCAAUUAUAAGUAUUGCCAAUUCAAACAAAAUGGGAAACAUUACAGCUGUCUGAUGUGUGAUCUAGGCAGGGAGUGUGUGUCAAUGUGUUGUGAGAAUAACACUCCAGGAUAUUCUCAGAUCUCAGUCUUCAUAUGAAAACACUCAGUAAUACAGAGCAUUCAGAGUUCCAUUCAGACCCCUUCAGUUUGUCACAUUUUGUUAUGUUACAGCUUUAUGCGAAAAUCAAGAACUGGCAGGCCACACCCCUCACACAAUAAGUCUGAUUGACUUGAAAUCUGACACACAAGUCCAGCUCUACCAAAAAGCGUCUUGGACCAUAAAGUUCUCCAUGAUGGAUUUUAUGCUUAAUAAUAAUAAUAAUA